UUUUGGCUCUUCAACUGUCUAACAAACCACCCCAAGUGUUCUUCAAAAGGCAUUUGCGAGUCUCCAGUUAGGCUCCUGAAACUAGGGCAAGACGAAUCCACUGUGUGCCUCGUCCCUAAUCAUCAGAAUUUCAGAUAUGCGGCCCUGAGUUACUGUUGGGGAGCUGAUCAGGAGUACAAACUCAUCCAGGCAAGACUCACUGCGUAUCACGCGUCUAUAGAUGUUGCAAGCCUGCCUAAGUCCGUCCAGGAUGCUAUCAAAGUUGCCCGAAGUCUCGAUGGAAUAUCAUAUAUCUGGAUUGACUCGCUCUGUAUCAUUCAGGAUGACGAUGAUGACAAAGGCAGUCAGUUGGCCAAGAUGGGUGACAUAUAUCGUGGUGGCACAGUCACAAUCUCUGCUGCCAGUGCU